AUGAAUAGUGAUAUAAGUAACUCAACAGGAAGUGUUGGUAGACGUUUUACUGAAGUGUGGGAACAUGUUACUAAAGGGAGAGAAAUUUCUCGUGGUCAUUAUGAAGGAACUUGUAAUUACUGUGAACAAUAUUGUAGAUACUUUCUGAUUUUGGGCAAGCUUGGAACAGGAAAAACAACCUUGAUUCAAAGUACCAUCUUGAAUCUCCAAGAGCCAAAGGGUGUCGUUCACUUUGUGUGUCCUUCAAAUGUGAAAGAAUUUGCAAAGAAUUUGGCACAACAUCUGAAUUGUGAGUUAUAUCCAUUUAAGUUGAGAGAUAUUGUCGUGCCCAAUGCAAUAAGGAAAGAACAAGAUAACCAUUCAGAAUACUCUAAUUGGAAUCUCUUAAGCAUACAACUUCUCGAUACAACAUAUAACUAUAUGAAAAAAUACAAACACCCGAUGGUUUUGAUUCUUGAUCAAGUAGACCGCAUUGUUAUGAAUGACCAAAAGUUUAUUGAGAUACUCCAAGAUUUUGCAAAGGACUGUGCGGAUGAAAGUUCUCUUAUCGUUGUAUUUAUUGCAAGUGAAGGCUUGGUUCCGCAAAUUAUGAGAUACAAAGGAUUAGAUUUAAUUGAUUCAGAGGAGUUGGAAUUGGAUGAAUCAGACACUGGCUCAAGUUCAGAAAGUUCUUUAUACAGCUCAAUAUUAGUUGAGUGUUUCAAUCGCUUACCAUUUUGGGGGAUAAUAUAUCCUUCAUCCACUACCACAUCUGAAAUCAGUACUUCUCCCACCGAGACGAUUGUUCCAGCUGUAACUGAAGCUGUUGGCGGAACAUCUGACGAAAUGUCCGAUGCUUGUGGUAGUCAAGAUACAGUCAUGCUGGGAGAUGCAAAGCCAACUGGUCAUGAAUACAAAGUUCGUAGUCAAGAUCAAAUUAUACAAACUACACUAGCAGAACACCUGCACUUACCAGACAAAGAGGAGGCAAUUCACCAGGUGAUAAACAUGCUUUUGAUGGCAGUUUAG